UUGUUAGCGAUCACCUAUAUCCUGUAACACACCCACACAGUGGGUCCCAUGAACGUCCAGGUCUCCUCGACUCCGAGCCUGGAGUCGGUGUCCCAGUCCAACCCCCUGGUAAGCCCUGGGGGCACCUAUCGCCCUGACGGCUGUCUGGCCCAGCAGCGCGUGGCCGUGGUGAUUCCGUUCCGAGCUCGGGAGCGCCACCUGGCGCUGCUACUUAAGCAGCUGCACCCCAUGCUCCAGAGACAGCAGGCGCACUACUCGGUCUACGUGAUCACCCAGGCUGGUAACGGGAUUUUCAACCGCGCCAAGCUGAUGAACGUGGGCUACGUGGAAGCGCUCAGAGACGCGCCCUUCGACUGCUUCAUCUUCUCUGACGUCGACCUCAUCCCCCUGGAUGACCGCAACCUCUACCGAUGUGGGGAGCAGCCGCAACACCUCUCAGUGGCCGUAGACAAGUUCGAUUUCAGGCUGCCGUACCUGCAGUCCUUCGGAGGCGUCUCUGCCCUGUCCAGGGCUCAGUUCAAGACAAUCAACGGCUUCUCGAAUCUCUACUGGGGCUGGGGAGGGGAGGAUGAUGACUUCUUUAGACGGACAGUGGCGAGUGGCCUGCACGUCUCCCGGCCCAGAGCGGGGAUCGGGAGGUACACAAUGGUCAAACACAAGGCCGAUGCUCACAACGAGCCCAACCCCCAACGGUUUCACCUGAUCCGGCGGGCAGUUUCACGGAUGAAGUGGGACGGCCUGAAUUCUUUGCACUACUUGCUGGUGAAACGGACGAUGAGCCCCCUCUACACCAACCUCACCGUGAACAUCGGCGGGCUGCAGGGAAGCCGGCUUGAAACAAUCCCCCAGGUCGUACUUCCCACCCAGUUAAGCGUCUUGACGACGCUGUACCGACGUGUUCCUUGAUUAUUGUCCAUUAACCAACGUUCUAACGACGCACGCUCUUGCGUGAGACUUCACCGAGCAGCUGGUUUGGAAUGUCGAGGCCAUAAUUUGAGAAUGGCCAUCGUCGGUCACAGGACGUGGGACGAUGUUCGUCGUCGAUCAGUCACUAAGCACGAGUUCAUUGGUCAACGUGUAAAAACUCAUUCACAAUCCAAUUGUGGAUCUGCAGGGAACAGGUUUCGUAAUCUUCGCAUUGUCAAAUGGUUAUUUGAGCACUCGACGUGGUUCGUUAGAUUCGGUGUGUUUUGAGAACAUGGAGCUGGUCAUUAGUGGAAACUCUCCUUCAAAGACAUCGUAGUAGCUCCAAAGUGGGUUCGUGUGUAUGUGUUUGUUCGCGAGUGGGGAAUGGUGGUGCACGAUUACUAUCCUGCUCGACGAACCCGGCAACACGAGUUUGAUUCCUGUUCGCGGCCAACACCAUUGACAAUUAUCCGAGCUGGUCCUGGGCCUCAAAUUAAUUGACCGCCUUUAAUGAGUAACCUAUAUUAUAUGUAAGUCUUGCAACUUCGGAGACAAAGGUUGCCGGAUGGGGAGUUGGCCAACCAACCCCCUUGUUUGCCAUGCCGGACUUAAUAGGUGUUCAUUAACAUUGUAGAUCAAUAGAUAUCUCAAAACCGUUUAAUUAACUCUCUUGGAAUUUUCAUAUUCUGCUUCCUUCUUCUUGCGGUAGGGUCUGUACCAAACGGCUUUUCUAAGACCCAAUGAUGCCACUUUUCUCACAAUUUACUCCAAGGCCGCAUUUUGCUGCAAGCAGUCUCCAUCAAGAAUACGAUAUUUGAGAAUGAUCGUAGGGUUCCUAGGCAGUGCUUAUGGUGUGCGUGUGUGUUGGUGCAACUUGCUUUGUUGACAUGUAUGGAAACGAGUUAAAUGCUACUUCACCACGCAAGUUAAAAUUAAACAAACAAAAUUUAAAGAUACACAAUAUUGAAAAGACUGCUUGUAAAGUAUUUGUUUUAAUUAUAUAAACUCAGAGGGAUUAAAACUUCUUCUUUGGUUCUUUCGGUAAAGUAUUUUAUCAAUUAUUAUAUAUA